AUGUUGUUGAUACAAACUUCUUUACCCCCCUCAAUAACUCCUCCACUAACAAUGACUUCAAGAUACAGAGUGGAAUACGCUCUUAAGUCGCAUCGAAGGGACGAAUUCAUUGAAUGGAUUAAAGCACUACUUGCUUGUCCGUUUGUAUUGCAUGCAGAUAUUGAAAGUUUUGAUACCGAGUUUCCUGAGUUGUACAACCUUCCGGAGGAUUCAGAGAGGUACUACAAGAACCAUGAAUUGAAAAUUGCUCAAGAUUGCCAGAACCGCUAUUUGCAGAUCUUUAAGGAUGUUGAGACUUUAAUUGAUCAUACUCGAGCUAUUGAUAAGUUAAAUGAUCAAGAUCCCACUCGAAAUGCAACAAGUCGAUUGAGAAACUUGGUUCCAUCAUUAGGUCGAUUCUUUACGAGUUUGCCCUUGGCUGAAGCAUUUUUGCUAGAGGACGGGCGAAGGGCUAUCAGUAAGAGGAGGUUAGUGAGCCCCUCAUUCAAUGAUGUGCGAAUGAUUCUAAAUACAGCACAGAUAAUGGCAUUGUCCAAUAUCAAUCACAACAAAACCGACAGUCAUAUCAAGUUGAUUACGUUUGAUGGAGAUGUCACAUUGUAUGAAGAUGGACAGUCGUUGGAGGAGUCGAGCGCGGUGGUCAAACGUUUGGUGACUUUACUUCAGUUGGAUUUAUUUGUGGGAGUAGUUACUGCAGCUGGAUACCCGUCACAAGCAGGUGCUGACAAGUACUAUGAACGAUUGAAAGGUUUAAUCGACUACUUGAAUCGAGAUGACUGUAUUCUAACACCACGUCAACGAGAAAAUUUACUUGUCAUGGGAGCAGAAUCGAAUUACCUUUUCCGGUAUAAUACCGAAAUGAAGGGGUUGAAAUUUAUUGAUAGUGACGAUUGGUUACUACCAGAAGUGAAGAACUGGGAUAUCGGCAAAAUUGACUACAUAAUGCACACAAUCCACGAUCAUUUACUGCACCUUCGUAUGAAAUUCAAUCUUGAGAGUACGACUACAAUAAUUAAAAAGGAGAGGUCGGUAGGGAUUAUUCCUAAUGCAGGAUGUAAGAUCUUGCGUGAGCAAUUAGAAGAAAUGGUACUCUCAUGCUCAAAUAAACUAAGCAUAAUAUUGCAAAGCACAUCAAAGACCAAAUCGAAUUCGACAGCCGCGACUGAAGCAACGGUCUCACCUGAUAAAUCACCAAGAUCACUCGCAUUGAGUGAUAUUAAAGUAUGUGCAUUCAAUGGCGGUAGUGAUGUUUGGGUCGACAUCGGUGAUAAAGCACUUGGAGUUGAAUCGUUGCAAAAAUAUAUUUGUCAACGGGGAGACUUGGAUGUAUGUCCCAUUACUAAAUCGGAAAGUUUACACAUUGGUGAUCAAUUUGCCAGUUUGGGGGCUAAUGAUUUCAAAGCUAGAUUGAGUGCUUGUACUGUUUGGAUUGCGAACCCAGCGGAAACUGUGGCCAUUUUGGAUGAUUUGAUUUCGUUUAUGAAAUAG